UUCGGGCCGCUUUCCAGGAAGCAGCAGGAUGUGCUGCUCCACUGUCACUGGUAACAAGCUGCGCAAACCAUGCAGGAUGAUUUACUGAUGGACAAAAGCAAAACCCAGCCCCAGUCCCAGCAGCAGCGGCAGCAGCAGCAGCCCCAGCCCGAGCCCAGCGCAGCCGAAGCCCCGUCCACGCCCCUCUCCUCAGAGACCCCCAAGCCGGAGGACAGCAGCGCAGUGCCGGCCCUCAGCCCCGCCGCGGCCCCACCGGCCCCCAACGGCCCCGACAAGAUGCAGAUGGAAUCGCCGCUCCUGCCGGGCUUGAGUUUCCACCAGCCGCCUCAGCAGCCGCCGCCGCCGCAGGAACCCGCGGCGCCGGGCGCGUCACUGUCGCCGUCCUUCGGCAGCACCUGGUCCACGGGCACCACGAACGCGGUGGAGGACAGCUUCUUCCAGGGUAUCACCCCAGUCAACGGGACCAUGCUCUUCCAGAACUUCCCGCACCACGUCAACCCAGUCUUCGGAGGCACCUUCUCCCCGCAGAUCAGCCUGGCGCAGACCCAGCACCACCAGCCGCCGCCGCCGCCACCCGCGCCACAGCCCGCGCAGUCCGCUCAGCCCCCGCAGGCGCAGCCCCCGCAGCAGCGCCGGUCGCCCGCCAGCCCCAGCCAGGCGCCCUACGCGCAGAGGAGCGCCGCCGCGGCAUACGGCCACCAGCCCAUCAUGACCAGCAAGCCGUCGUCGUCCUCGGCUGCAGCAGCCGCCGCGGCCGCAGCCGCCGCCUCGUCCGCCUCGUCCAGCUGGAACACGCACCAGAGUGUGAACGCCGCCUGGAGCGCACCGUCCAACCCGUGGGGUGGCCUGCAGGCAGGUCGGGACCCUCGCCGGGCGGUCGGCGUGGGUGUGGGCGUGGGCGUCGGGGUGCCUUCACCACUCAACCCCAUCUCGCCGCUCAAAAAGCCCUUCUCCAGCAAUGUGAUCGCGCCGCCCAAGUUCCCCCGCGCGGCCCCACUCACUUCCAAGUCGUGGAUGGAGGAUAACGCUUUCCGGACCGAUAAUGGUAACAAUCUGUUGCCAUUUCAGGACCGGAGUAGGCCCUAUGACACUUUUAACUUGCACUCGUUGGAGAACUCCUUAAUGGAUAUGAUAAGGACUGAUCAUGAGCCUCUGAAAGGUAAACACUACCCUCCCAGUGGCCCACCAAUGAGUUUCGCUGAUAUAAUGUGGAGGAAUCAUUUUGCAGGACGCAUGGGAAUAAAUUUCCAUCAUCCAGGAACAGAUAAUAUUAUGGCACUUAACAGUCGGUCUUCUCUCUUUCCCUUUGAAGAUGCCUUCCUGGAUGACAGUCAUGGCGAUCAGUCCUUGUCAUCUGGCUUAAGUUCUCCCACUCGCUGUCAAAAUGGGGAACGAGUAGAACGCUACUCGAGAAAGGUGUUUGUUGGAGGCCUUCCUCCCGAUAUCGAUGAAGAUGAGAUCACUGCCAGCUUUCGCAGGUUUGGACCUCUCGUCGUAGACUGGCCUCACAAAGCUGAAAGCAAGUCAUAUUUUCCUCCUAAAGGCUAUGCCUUUCUGCUGUUCCAGGAAGAGAGCUCAGUACAAGCUUUGAUAGAUGCCUGCCUAGAAGAAGACGGGAAACUGUACCUGUGUGUGUCGAGCCCCACCAUCAAGGAUAAACCGGUGCAAAUUCGACCGUGGAACCUAAGUGACAGUGACUUUGUAAUGGAUGGUUCUCAGCCUUUGGACCCCAGAAAAACUAUCUUUGUUGGGGGAGUUCCACGACCCCUUCGAGCUGUUGAACUGGCAAUGAUCAUGGACCGUUUGUACGGUGGUGUCUGCUAUGCUGGCAUUGAUACAGACCCAGAGCUGAAGUACCCCAAAGGUGCUGGCCGUGUGGCAUUCUCCAAUCAGCAGAGUUACAUUGCAGCUAUCAGUGCUCGCUUUGUGCAGCUCCAACACAAUGACAUUGACAAACGGGUGGAAGUGAAGCCAUAUGUGCUGGAUGAUCAGAUGUGUGAUGAGUGCCAGGGCACACGCUGUGGUGGGAAGUUUGCCCCGUUCUUCUGUGCCAACGUCACCUGUCUGCAGUAUUACUGCGAAUACUGCUGGGCGAGCAUCCAUUCCCGCGCCGGGCGGGAGUUCCACAAACCGCUGGUGAAGGAAGGAGGCGACCGCCCUCGUCAUGUCCCGUUCCGCUGGAGCUGAGCCCAGGGCAGACCCAGCCACAAGUACUGGAGUAGAUAACAAGGAGGGAAAAGAGAGGGCACUGCCUCAGGGCUUACAGUGUUCUGGAAAUCUGUGCAUUCGUUCUCGAUUUUUAAAGAAGAAAUGGGUCUUUUUAUUAUUAUUAUUUACAGUCAUAUUACUGAACUCAGUAUAAUGCAGAAUUGCAGAGUGUGUAACGGUACUGAUUUGCACUUUGAUUCACACCUUUGUCUGCUUGGUACCUUAAUUUCUUACACCUGAUUUGUCACUCGUGACAGUAUGUAGACUGCCAUUCUCAUCUGCGGCCAUCAGGUUGAUGUCUGUGACAUUUUGUUGUUGUUGUUGUGUUGUUGUUGUUCUGAUUGUUUUUAAACUGGAGCAUGCACUUAUUUUCAGAAACAUAGAGAGUUGCCCCUAGAAGAAGACUUACCAAAGGUAAUACUCGGGAGUAGGCGGCAGAUGUAGCAAAAACUUCACAACAAUUCAGCAGUCAUUAGUUGGGGUCAUUUAGAGUAAGGAUAACCCUUAAUGAAAAUAAGCCUUUAGUUGCUCUCUAUUUUGACAUGUAAGGAUACCUCAUAAGCUGAAUCUUUAUUUUUCCUUCAUGUUUAAUUUUGGUUUUGCUGAGGAUUUUGGUUAGAUCGUUUAGUGUUAUGUAAAUUUAUGCUGCAAUAGCUUUUGCUGCUAUUAAAAUGGUAUUAUUAAUACCAUAAUACUCUAUCCAGGCUAAAGUAUCAAUUAAAAAAAAAAACCCAACAACACACUCUUGUGAUUUAGGUAUAGAAUCAGCUGCCAGAAGGAGCUCAGAAUAGACGUCAGAAAGCUUCAACGGAAGGCCACUAUUUCUGACUGCAUGUUACUUAAUCAGGUUGCUGCAUGCAAUAAAUUUUAUAUCCAAUGUCUAGUAUAAAACCUUCCCACAAUGCACAAAUUAAGAACCUAUAUAAGCUAUAAAAUACUGAUUUUUUUUAAAAGAUUUUUUCAUUCAAAGAAUUGGUAAUUGACUGGAGGAAGGCAUGCCUCAAUAAUGGAAUGCUUCUGAAAUAAGGAAGAGCCCAUCACAGAAUGACCUAUAUUACAACCAAUAUAAAACCUAGGUGUAGGAUAUUCUUAAAGCAAAUUUGUGGAUGGUAGAUGAAGUACUUUGCGGUGCUCUGUUAUAUAUUGUGCAAUUUAUUUUAUAUAGUAAAGUGAUUAUGUCUAACUGUGAUUAAACUUAACUGUUUAAAGCCUCUGUGUCAGACAUUAACGAACUUGACAGUUCAUAACUGGUAUAUUAUUAACUAACACAUGAGCUCUUAGUUACAAUCUCCUAGUGCUUGCACCAUUUUACAUAGCUUCAGACCUUGUCCAGAAAACCAAAGAGCUCAUCUUAGCUUACAAACACUAGGAAUAUAUACAGUAUAUAGAGAUAAGUUGUCAGAUUGACAAACUAGGCACAUUUUAAGAAAGUUGCGAGCUGGUGAUGCUAAAGAAAUGUCUGUACAAAAUAAGAUGGCCUGGGCAGGGUUGGUUGUCUGGGUGAGAAAUUAACUACUUAAUUCCCUGGGUUUAUCCUGUAAAGCUUGAAUAGAAGGAAGACCUGCUAGGACUACCAUGGACAUUUUUAGCAUUCACUCUUGGGCUGCAGAUAGUAAUAUAUAAACACACACAAUGAUUGUGAGACUAUGUAGAUCUUCUUUUUAAUCUUCUUCCUAUGUUUUGGAAUUCUGGGGACAAUCUGACUGGAUAUGACACUGCAGAAUAGAUUUAAGUCGCUGUGUUUUAUGUGCUGUGAUGUCCUUGUACCGUCUUAAGUUAAUAUUGCUUGUUUUUGUUUUGUUCUGUUUCUCCAGUGUUUAGUUGCAAUUACCAGCUCUCCAACUAUAGUUUGUUUUCAAAAUGGAAAAACAAAAUAGUUUUUUACUGGAUUAAAAAUGCUUAUUAGAAUAUUCCCCUUUUGAGGUUACCUCUGGGCUUUUUGGUAAUAAUUGCUUUUUUCCAGCCCAGCUGUGGUUUUCUGUUUGUUUUUUUCUAUGUUGGUGGUUUUUUUCAUCUGUACAAGAAAUUUUGUUAUGCACUACUACUUUUUGUAUUCUAGACAGUUUUCAAAAGUUGGCUGAAGAUUUUUUUGUUUGUUUGUUUUUAAGGAAAAAGGCAUGCUUUCUGACUGACAUGAUCUUUUGCAAUACCUCAAUUUUGAAAUAUAGGAAAGAAAAUGAUAUUUUCUAAGUAAGUUUAUUCAGAAAAAUAUAUAUUAAUUUAAUUCUGCAAGAAAAAUGAUUUAACAGAUGGGUAACUUUAUUUUUUUCAUGCUUAUUUGUGUUUUUUGAAAAUGAAGAAGUUAGAGCUUUAUAACUAUAAUAUUAAAGAUCAUAUCUAACCUACAGAAAUCUACCUAAUUAUGUGAAAGAAGCGAAACUUUUUGAAGAAGCACCCCUCUUUCAUGUACUAAAAUAACGCUGAGAUAAGGAAAAAAAGCUGGGAGAUUGUACAGCAUGAAGCUAACGUGAAGGCGAAAAACCGUUGUCUUGAAGAGCAGGUUCCAAAAAUGAAAACUCCAUUUGGUGCUGAAAGUUGUGAAUAGAUGGUGGAAACUACUUUCCCUUAAUUUGUAUAUUUAUAAUCAAGCGUUGAUUGUGCACGACUGACCAGGAUUGUGAAAGAGUUCUUCUGUUUGUAUUUUUUUAAAGAGAACUUUUUUAGUUUAUUAAAUUAUAACAUGUUCCCUUUUGUUUUGUAAAUAAAUGUGCCCCCAAGUUGUUAAUGUUAUAUUAAAAGAGAGGGUCCUUCAAAAAAAAUUAUUUUUUAAAACACAGAGGUGUUCUGACUUGCAACUUGACUGGGAAGCCCCUGGGUAUCACAGGUCCUGUUGUGGCCUUUCCUUGAUGUGACACUUGAACUAGUCGAUUUUUUGAAGGCUAUAACCUAACCUCGACUAUUUGUUGUUAUGUGCAAUACUGUUUGUACUGUUUGUAUAAAAAAUAGAAAAAAAAAGAAAAGAAAAAAGGCAUAAAUCUUUAUUGCAGAUUUAUUUUCAUUGCAAACUUUAGACAUUGUGAUUCACUGAAAUCAUUUUUCUACUGUCAAAUAUGUACCUUUUCUUCAUGCUGGUAUUUUUUCAAUAGUAAUGUAGCCUUUGUACUGAGACAAAUUUUCAUUGUUAUUUUUAGAAAGAUUUUUUGCUAAGAAAAAAAUUAAACAUAUUUACAUAUUUUUCAUUUUAUUUCGUAUUUUCUUUAAGGAGUGCUUUCUCAAUCAUUAAUAGAGUUGUUUCUGGGAGGGACUUUCAUAUCUGGUCAAUGUCAUAAUAUUAUUUUGUAUUUUUACUUGGAAUAAAUUAAUUUUAUGAUGCUAAUUCUUUAAAAGUUUAUUUUUUUCAUUUUCAGUUAUUUUUGAAGCUAAAACCUUUGUAAUAUUGUUACUAAAGUGUCUAGUUUUUUGAAAUGCAAAGCUUUAUGUAUUAACUUGCUGAUGUGGUUUACAAUAGUGUGACAACGAUGAAAAUGGUUGGUUAUGUAAAGUGAUUGGAAAAUGUAAUGGAUAAUUGGGUAAUAAAAUGACAGAAUGAGCAGAACAUGUGAGAUUUUGACAAGCCUUUUCCUUUAUUACAGUGGUUUAGUGUAAGACUAGGGAUGUCACAGUACAGUUCUCUAGGGAUGUCACAGUGGAUUUAUACAACACCAGGUGCAGCCAAACCUGUGGCCCUGAUAAUGAAGUCACCCCUACUGAAGUACCACCAGGUUGGAAACCUGGCUAGGUCAACACAAUGAUUCAUUGCUUUUCCCCUCUAAGUCUUCAUUAUGUCGUUUGUGUGUGUGUGUGUGUGUGUGUGUGUAUGUGAGAAUCUGCCACCAGCUGCUGUCCAUGUGUGAGACGGUGCCUUUCGCCCAGGCCAAAUCUUUUCCAUGCAUUCACAGUGGUGACGUCUGAGAGUGAAAGGAAGGUGCUGGGAGGACACCCCUUCUGUGUAGUUAGACUUGGAUGGCAGUGUCUCACCUGAGUUACCUCCCGGGAUGGCUUGGGUGGCGUGCUGAGGAAGCACACUUGGACGUCACCCCUGUAUAUGGACGGUCUCAGACUUCCUCUUCCUCCACCCCCCGCCUGUUCCCUGUAUGGUGUCCCUUGUUUGUCCCUUAUUGUGGCAACACAAAUGGCCCCUCCAAGCAUGAUCUGUCUGCCCUCCUGCUGCUUUUCCAACACCCACCUCACCUUGAAGCUGGGCUGUUAAGGCAGCCUGUCAUUGAAAUGGCACCUAAAAUUACAACAAACCAACAAAAAUCUUACAACUGCAAA